GACUGACAUAUUUGCUUUCGAUUUGUCAGUUGGCCAUCGUUCAGUAAUUGAACUGUCAUAUUUGUUGAUCAACAAUUUGCGUUACUGUGAUGUUGUAUGGAGAGUACGGAUGUAAAAUAGAGUUUUUUGGAAUUAAACAGAGAUUUUAACACCUUACAAGAAACUGGCAUGGACAGUCAAAGUGCUGCUACGCAGAGUCAUUCGACCAUUCUUUCGACAUCGAUUCGAGAUGAAAUAGUAGAUUUUGAUAAUCUGCGUGAAAAUGUAACCGGAAAACUGAGCCUUGAGAACUGGAUGGUCUUGCCAUCGCAUCGAAGUUUACACAUUUUCAGUCUGAACAAAAUGCUGAAUGGAAAUCUGUCGAUACGGAACACAAUUUUCAUUAACGUCGAUUUGGUAGUGAAAGUGUUCGGUGAGGAAAGCGAUGAGACGCUUUUCAGUUUGAAACUCAGCAGCUGGCCACAGUUACAAACUUUGAUCGAACAAUGCGGAGCCCAAGUUAAACGUGAAGUUGACUUGGAAUUUAUUGACGUUGUGGAUAAAACUGCAAACUCUGAGACAAGUAAUAGCUGUGAAAUCGUACAUCAGCCAAAGGACACGCUAGUAGUUGAGUUUUCUGGUAUAAAUAUCAAGCCAGAAUUAAGUGAAGAAAUGAGCACUGUCAUCCAUCAACCAUUAACCGAGCUCAUAGAAAAUUCGAUAUCACAAAUGAAAGCAUUGGGAUACAACAACACUUUCGUAUCGCAGAAUUCUUUCAGUCAUGCAGCUCUUCUCAUUCAUCCUAAAGAUGGUGAUCAGAGCGAUGAACCCUUAGUGCACAAGACAAGCGAAAUCGGUACGCAUCAAUCGCAGAUUUGUUCAAUUUGCAAGGAACAAAUUGGCAUUGGCGAAAUGGAUCGACACUUGCAACAGCAUUUCAACGGCGAUUCUUAUCAGUGCAGUGUCUGUGGUCGGGAGUACCGGAGCUUCGUCGGUCUGCAGAAGCACAUGAAAUCGCAUCAUGUCACUGCAGGAGACGAAUUUUUCUGUGAUAUCUGUAAAGUUAGCAGAAAUUUCGAAACGAAAGCAAACAUCGAGGAACAUAUGAAGGAUAAGCAUUGUGGCGCACCGAAAAAGCAGCCUGUGAUGAACUGUUCCACUUGUAACAAAGAAUUUUUCACGAGAAAACAAUUCACUGCUCAUAUGAGACGACACGACAGAAGUAAAUGGAAAUCGUGUCCGAUCUGCCAUAAGACAUAUGAUAAUGUUAAACGGCAUAUGAAUGGCAAGCACUUCAACAUCAAAAACCAUAUCUGUGACAUUUGCGGUUCUGCAUUUAAACAAUGGACAUCGUUGAAGGAGCACAUAGAGUCCAGACAUACUUCGCAAGAGUUUUUCUGUGAAAUUUGCCAAAAUGGAAAAGGUUUUCGAUCGAAAGAAUACCUGAAAAGACACUUUGCCAAAGUACACAAUAAAGGACAUACCAAAGUACCGGCCAAAGUUUAUCCUCGAAAAUAUAUCAGCAAACCCUUGUUACCGUUCUACGAAUGUAAUUCUUGUCACGAAAAACUUCCAACCAGAUAUGCAUUAAGAAAGCAUGUCGCAUUACGACAUCGACAUAAUGUGCAGUUUAGUUGUAAUAUGUGUGACAAGAGGUUCGCAUUGAAAAGUUCCUUGGCCGUGCACGCAAAACUACAUGCUGGAAAGCUGCAUAUUUGCCAUGAAUGUGGUCAGUCCUUCAACCACGAGAACUAUCUGACAAAACAUCUUGCUCGACACAAAAAUAAGAAGCGCAAAUGCACAAUGUGCGAAAAGGAAUAUGUGCAAAAUGUCGAUCUGAGACUGCACAUGAAUAAAGUGCAUGGUGUCACUUCACCCGUUGGAAAGAGCACUGAACAAUUGUAAAUCGAAUAUUCAUUAAUAUCGUUUUGAACAAGGAAAAUCUGUGUUUUUCCUCAGUUGCAUUCAGUCAUAUUCACCAGUUUACUUAUUAGUCUGCAGUAUCCACUUAUGCUAGUCAUGUUAAGGUUCUCGAAUGUGGAAGGGCUUUUCUUUUCGUCUUUAUUUUCCCAUUGAAUUGAAAUAAACGAGCUCUUUAUAA